UGCAAUAUGGGCCUUAAAUGUGUCUUGACGGAAGUGCAAGAUCCGCCAUUAGUUUCUUUUUCUCUUUCGUUUUGUGAGUGCUGCACAAGAUGAGCUCGUUGAAGCUACAGAAGAGGCUAGCAGCCUCUGUUAUGCGAUGCGGCAAAAAGAAGGUCUGGUUGGAUCCUAAUGAAAUCAAUGAAAUAGCGAACACAAAUUCGCGGCAAAACAUCAGAAAAUUGAUUAAGGAUGGGUUGAUCAUUAAGAAGCCUGUAGCUGUACAUUCAAGGGCUCGUGUUCGUAAGAACACAGAAGCUAGACGUAAAGGUCGCCAUUGCGGUUUCGGAAAACGUAAGGGUACAGCAAACGCGCGUACUCCGCAGAAGGAUUUAUGGAUUCAACGCAUGCGAGUUCUCCGACGCUUACUUAAAAAGUACCGGGAAACGAAGAAAAUCGACCGGCAUUUGUACCAUACUCUCUACAUGAAAGCUAAAGGAAACGUGUUUAAGAAUAAGCGUGUGUUGAUGGAAUUCAUUCACAAAAAGAAGGCGGAAAAAGCCCGUGCCGAGAUGCUGUCGGAUCAAGCGGAAGCGAGGCGCACCAAGGUCCGAGAGGCGCGAAAACGUCGAGCUGAGCGAAUUGCAACGAAGAAGCAGGAAUUGCUGCAAUCGUAUCAGCGUGAAGAUGAAGCUGCUGCGCAAAAAAAAUAAUUACCUAAUAUUAUAUGCUUGGACAUUUUUUUGAAGCUUGGAACUACAAUAAAAAAAAAAGAAAAUCCA